AGGAAUUUCCUUCAGGCACGUUGAAGGCAGCCCUGCGCUCGGGGUUGGUGUCAGCAGAGGGUGGUGUGUUGGUGUUGAUGUUGAUGUCAGCAUGGAGGGAGUCGAGGAUCAGCCUGCUGGCAUUUCCAUUGGGAUGACAGCUGAUCCCGCCGUGGCGUAGAUGACCAUCGGGAUCGGAUUAACGGCAACGCUUGAGCCAAGUAAUGACAGGCGGGAGAAACGCCUGUUGCCUUCAUCUGAUGUUUGAUUUCUAAGCAACAUUGAAUGAUACAAAGUUAAUGGCAGAAGUUAAACGAGCACGAGCAUCUACUGGAUAGCGAAAGUUCUCUUACUGUCGGUUUUUAGUUGAGCCUUUUCAGCAACGCAAUCUAAUCGCAUUGAGGGCAUUUGUGAUCACACAGGUGAUGAGUGAACAUGGAGGCUGGAUCGGUGGUGCGUGCCGUGUUUGAGUUCCUUCCCAGUGUCUCUGAAGAACUCCCGCUGUUCACUGGAGAUGUCAUUGAAGUGCUCAGCGUUGUUGAUGAAUUUUGGCUGCUCGGAAUUAAAGAUGGAGUCACAGGCCAGUUUCCCAGCACUUUUGUGGAACCUGUUACAAUCCCAAGCACCAAGACAGGAGAGAAUCUGUAUGUGUGCAUCAGUGACUUUAACUCUGUGGAUGCUGGAAACCUACCACUAAAGAGAGGUGAUGUAGUUGCUGCUGAAAGCAGUGUGGAUGCUGUGUGGAUGAGAGGGCAUAAUGCAUGGGGCUCACGCGGGCUCUUCCCCGUCUCUUGCGUUAAAGAGCUGGAGCUUUCCGGGCAAUCCAGGCAGCUGUCAGAGCGCAGCGCGGCCGCCCAGGCCUCCGAGCUUCCCCCACAUGCGCUGAGCCAGGCCCGUGCCCUCAUGAGCCUUCACGCCCAGCUGGACGAGGAGCUGGACUUUCGCGAGGGUGAUGUCAUCACCAUCAUAGGCCUGCCAGAACCUGGAUGGUUCCAGGGAGAGCUGGACGGCAGGACGGGAGUUUUCCCUGAGGGCUUUGUGGAGCUGCUCGGUCCCCUGCGCUCACCUUUGGAGGAGCCUGAACCUCAGACCCUACAACAGUAUCCAGCUUACAGCAUGGAGGAAGAAGAGAGGAGGGAGGAGGAAGAGAGGGAUGAGGAAAAUCUAGAAAUGGAGAUUCAACAACAGCAAGAGGAAGAAGAGGAGGAGGAGGAGGAGGAGGAGGAAGAGGGAGCUGUAUAUGGUAUUGCGCUUUAUGAAUUCCGGGCACUUGAACCUGGUGAGCUGGACUUUGAUGUUGGUGAUAGGAUCCGUAUCCUCACCACGAUGGAGGAUGGCUGGUUGCAGGGGCAAAUACAUGACAGAAGAGGAGUUUUCCCUCAUCGAUUUGUCAAGAUGGAAGGGCAGCUACAGGUUGUCCCACAAAGCGAGACUUUAAUUAGUGAACCUAAGAUAGAAGAAGAGCGUUACACUCCUGAUUAUACCUCAGCUCAGCAAGAUUGCACAGUGCCAGAAUAUGGGCAGGAGUGGGAUACUCAGGAAGACCACACAGUUUGGGACCUGGAUUACUUUGAGCGCCGGGAGGAGGAAAGAAAGGAUGAGCAUGUGCACUACAUCCAAUCCGAUCAAAGUUCUCAAGGGAGAGGAACGACUCAAAAUCAAUCACAGGUUCAUCCGCAAGAAAGAAGGCGAGAAAGACCCCCACCCCCUCACACGCAACCCCGCAGGGCGAAUAGCUCAGUCCAAAGUACCAGAACGGGCAGCCCCAAUCUGGGUAGACCUCAGCUGCCCCCUAGGCCGAGUCUACACGCCCUCAGCAACCGAAAAUACAGCACCAGUUCUCACACCAGUUUACGAGAACCUCCCCCAGCACCCAUCUCAAGGAAACAAAGUCUAAAUCCGCCCACCAGAACCUCACCUAAUUCCACCUGGACAAGGAACAGUGGUAACUAUGCAUCUCAUGACCGCAGAAACCCCUUCAACAGUAAAAUCUCUGCUGAGAAGAACAGGCAGAAGAAGUUAACUCGACACGCAAGCGUCAGUGAUGCUGACCUAAUGUCCGGUGGCCUGAGCAACCACUGGCCAUGGCCUCAGGAACAGGGUUCAAAUGGGUUACCAACGUCUCGGACACUGGAGACUUUGGCUGUGUCAGCUGGGGAUCUUGAAUCCAAGCUUUCUCAGCAGCUGAUAGAGUUUGAACGCAGCUUGCCAGGUCGUGGCAACGGAGCCACAGAACAGAGCCGAUGGGAGGAGGUUAGUGGUGGAAGGGGCAGUAAAGUUUCCCGCCACUUUUCCAUUAUGGACUACAGCAAUGAGAACGACAUAAUCUGUGGCUCCUCCCAUUCCCCGAUGGAAUGUUUGUUGCCCACCUCUUCCUCUCCCUCUGGCUCCGCCUCCUCCUCUUUGGAGAGGCGGAAAACGCUACGCCCACCUCCUCCUAGACCGCGGGUCCUUAGGCUACCAGCACCUACAAACUCGCAUUGUCCUCAAACCAAUGGACGCAUUGCUCCUCAGCCUUACAGACCCACACGCCCAGCGCCACGCCCACCUCCUCCGUGCCCACGUACCAACGCUGUGAUGCCAGGUCCCCCUCCACCCACCUCCAACCCAUUCUAUAACUCACCGGAAGAGAAAGAGAUUGUUGAAGAGGUGGAAGAUGCAGAGGAUGCUCUGGAGAUGGAGAAAGAAAUGGAGAGAGAAAGAGAGAGGGAACAGGAGCAAUAUAGGUUACUCUUGAGGUUGGAGGAGGUGGAAAGAGACAUUGAUAUGUAUUCUCACACAGCCCAGGAGCUGCAGGCCAUGCUGGAAGAAGAGCAGGAUGAGACUUCGAGACAACAGGCUCUUGAGAAUCUGGAAUUCUGCACCUACACCAUGGAGACCCUGACCCUGGAACAGCAACAGCUACAAGAGAUGACCCUGCUUGCGUCCCAGCCUAAGUCUCUAGAAUCAUCCCCGGCGUCAGCAACCACCACUGAAGACCCCGAACAAAGGAUGCUGGAGAAAAGGUCAAAGGUCAUCGAGGAGCUUCUGCAGACAGAACAUGACUAUAUCAAGGAUCUUCAGAUGUGUGUGAAGGAGAUCAUUCAACCUCUGCAGAAGAAACAGGUCCAGAGUAUUGAUUUUGAUGGUCUCUUUGGAAACAUCAGCUCCGUAAUUGACCUUUCCUGUCGACUGUACAAGACCCUCCAGGAUACUGACUCAAUAGGGCAAGUGUUCCUGGACUACAAAGGUGAAUUGGAGGAGGUUUACAAGAUCUAUUGCCAAAAUCAUGAUGACGCCAUCUCUUUACUGGAGACCUAUGAAAAGGAUGAGAACAUCCAGAAGCAUGUAUUGGAAUGUCUAGAGAAGCUCAGAGGGAUAUACCGUGAGUGGGGAAAGACAAACUACAUUAAUCUGGGUUCCUUCUUGAUAAAGCCGGUGCAGAGAGUGAUGCGUUACCCCUUGCUCCUGAUGGAGCUGCUUAACACUACUCCUGAGUCACACCACGACAGGAAGCAGCUCGCCGAGGCAGUGAUGUCCAUUAAAGAGAUCAACGUCAAUAUCAAUGAAUACAAAAGGAGAAAGGAUCUUGUGGUGAAGUACCGCAAAGGCGAUGAAGACAGACUCAUUGACAAGAUCUCAAAGCUGAGUAUGCACUCCAUCAUCAAGAAGUCUAACAGAGUGAGCAGCCAUUUAAAGCACCUGACUGGGAUCUCACCUCAGAUCAAAGAUGAAGCUUUUGAUGAGGCAGAGAAAAGAUUCAGACUCCAGGAGCGACUAAUCAAAUCCUUCAUCAGGGACAUCUCCCUCUAUCUGCAGCAUAUAAGGGAGUCAGCCUCAGUAAAGGUGCUGGCCGCCAUCAGUUUCUGUGAUAUCUACACAGAACGGCAACAGCAUAUGGAUCCUGAACGCUUUCAAAGAGCGCAUCGAUGCAUCAGCGACAAACAGUUCACAGAGUUUAAGGAGAGGACAGAAGCCCUAGUCAUCACUCCCCUCACCCAGCUGCUCAAUAUGUUUGCCGGUCCACACAAACUGAUCCAGAAACGUAGAGACAAGCUGCUGGACUACGACAACUGUAAGGAGCGUGCAGAGAGGCUGAAGGACAAGCGCGUGCAGGAGGAGCUGCAGGCGGCGAGAAAUAACUACGAAGCUCUGAACGCCCAGCUGCUGGAUGAGCUGCCCAAGUUCCACCGCGCAGCCGAAGAUCUGUUCACCAGCUGCGUGAGGGGCUUCACCCAGGCCCAGAGAGAUUUCAUUGCACUCACGUUGGGAGAACUCACUCCACUGCUGCAGCUGUCUGGUUUGGGUGGUACAGAAGGAAAUCUGGUGUCCUUGUUCCAAGAGGAGCACACUCGCGUGUUGGAUUUACUUCAGAGCUUCAGUUUCUUUCCCGAUAAUCUUCCUACAACUGUACGCAAGCCUUUUGACAGGAAGACUCUGGAGAAACAAAACUCAAAGAAACAACAAGGCCCUCCAAACUAUGUGCUACAGACGGAUGAGCACCGAGCGGGGCUUCUGGCAAAAUACGGCCCAGAGAAACUCUUCCAAGCUGAAAGAAAUUUUAACGCAGCACAGGACUUGGACGUGUCCGUACAGGAGGGAGACAUAGUGGGUGUCAUCAAGCAGCAAGACCCCAUGGGCAGCCAGAACCGCUGGCUAAUAGACAAUGGAGUUACAAAGGGCUUUGUGUAUAGCUCCUUCUUAAAGCCAUACAAUCCACGCAGGAGUCAGUCGGAUGUUUCCAUUGAGAGCCAGUCAUCAAAUGAGUCCGGCUACGGUGGCUCCUCUCCCAUGUUCUCACGGCAGAAUAGUAACAGCACUCUGACUUUCAACCAGGAGACAUCGACUGUCAGCUUCACAACGGCGAUGCCUCCACACACUCGCACAAAUCAAGAGACCACUCUGAGAAAAAACAGAGAGGCUUCUUCAACCAACAGUCAGAGGGAUUCCCUCGACCCCACCUUCAGAAACUCUCCCAAUAAUAAAGAACUGACUGAGACAGCCUGUCGAAAUGACAGGGAACUCUCAGAGCCCUCCUACCGAAAUUCCACCAAUCACAGAGACUCUUUAGACCCUGAUAGAAACACUCCUACCAAUCCCAGAGACCCUUCAGACUUCUCUGAGACAGAUUCUUGUCCCUCCAGUAAGAACUCCAGGUAUGAAUCUUCCUCGAGGUUCCACGACUCGCGUUGCAGCUCACAGCAGAGACAAAAUGGAGACCAUUCAGUACAGCAGAGAAGGCCACAGUACAGUCCUGAGGAGUAUAUAGAUCCAGAGCCUGAACCUGAGAUAGAUGGACACCAGAUAUAUUACGCUCUUUACUCCUUCAGUGCACGGUGUGCAAAUGAGCUCAGCAUUUCAGCCAAUCAGCAAGUCCGAAUCCUUGAGUUCCAAGACAUGAAUGGCAACCAGGAGUGGUGGCUGGGGGAGGCAGGAGGAAGGAGGGGUUACGUCCCAUCCAGCUACAUCCGCAAAUCUGAGUACACAUGAGCUGCACAUUUAAACAAUCCCCAACUACCCCAGACCACUACAGGCAAACUCAUUAUGGGGAGAACACUACAAAAGGACAUUAUUGUGCCUUAACUAUAGAGGAGAUGCACUGAUGUGGUGAACUGGUCAUUGCUACUGCUGAAAAAAUAAUACCCUCCAUAUUGACUACAGUCAAUGAAUGUAACUCCUGACUCCUAGUGGUCAUAGAGGAUGGUGCAGGUGGGAUUUGAAAAAAAAAAUGAACUAGUUUGGACUGAGAGGCGGUUUGGUGUUGGAUUCAAUGAUCUGACAUGUUCUGCUGUUCUUGGAUACUCCAUUUAUAGUGUUAGUGCUUAAUUGCUCCGUAGAGAGCAUAGAUCUCUUUUGAUGUGUAGGAGUGGAGUGGAGGACUUGUAUUGGGCAUGUGCGAUACAUGCUGAUGGGAUUGAUAUUCCAGGAACGGCAUGAUAGUGAUUCCCCAUAAAUAAGAGUGCAAGAAAGUGAAUGAGUGUUUGUUUGUGUGCCAGUGAGUGUGUGGAGUGUUUUGAGAUGUUACCUCCUCCCUUCAUCUGACAAUCAUAGUGCACCUAGAGAGAGAAAAUAAAAAAAAGAUUCCGCUGGGUUUCAGUGAAUGCGAACAAAAAAUUUUUGCCAAGUGUUUGGAUUUAUUCCCCAUUAUGGUUCUCAGAUGAUAACAUAAUUACCACUGGUGACCAUACCAUAUUCCUGAAAAUAUGAAUGAAAUGCAAGAGACACUUUUUUACAGUGGUACAGUGUUUUUUUACCUCUUUUUUUGUUUUUGUUUUUUUGAUAGCAUUAAGUUUGCCACUUGCACUUGAAUGCAUUUACAAGUUAAUACUGACAUGUUUUGAGCAGUUGUGAGUGAGUUCAAGACACCUGUGAGAUCAUUUGAUGUGAUGCACCAACAGAUGAACUCUGAAUAUUUAUCUCUCAUGCUGUAUAUACCGAGAAUGAACUUCUGCACUCCAGUGUCAACUGAUCCAUUUCUUCUCUUUUAAAUAAAAAAAAAAAGAAAUCUG